GCAGAAUUGGCAGCAUUUCUUGUCGACGUGGGAAGGGAGGGAUUCGGACACAAACAAACGUCCACGGGUUUGAUGUUGGGCUAAGUUACAGAUAAAUGGGACAUGUCAGGUGUGUUUGAAAGAUAACUCCGUGACAUUUGAAACAUGUGGCUUCAACCUGAUGAGAAUCUGCUGAAAAACGCGUUUAAAUUAUGGGUCACCGAGGAGGAUAACGAGUAUUUCGUACUGCAAAGGAGACGAGGUUACGGAGAAGGUGGAGGCGGUUUGACAGGCCUCCUUGUGGGAACUCUGGACACUGUGUUGGACUCCACAUCUAAAGUUGCUCCCUACCGCAUUCUUCACCACACACCCGACUCGCAAGUGUAUUGGACCAUAGCAUGUGGUGUCACCAAAGAGGAGAUUGUUCAGCACUGGGAUUGGCUGCAGCAGAACAUCAUGAGGACACUCUCUGUGUUUGACUCCAGCGAAGACAUCACCAGCUUUGUACAGGGAAAGAUUAGAGGUCUUAUCGCUGAGGAAGGGAAAUCAUCCCUGGUGCAGGAGGAAGAUCCCGAGAAGUUCCGAGAAGCACUUUUGAGGUUUGAGAAGUGGUUUGAACUGCCACCGAAGGAAAAACUGGUCACAUAUUACUCCUGCAGCUACUGGAGAGGCAAAGUGCCCUGUCAGGGCUGGCUCUACCUCAGCACAAACUUCCUCUGCUUCUACUCAUACCUGCUGGGAGCUGAGGUGAAACUAAUCAUCUCCUGGGAUGAGAUCUGGAGGCUGGAGAAGACCUCUAACGUUAUCCUGACUGAGAGCAUUCAUGUCUUGGCUCAUGGGGAGGAUCACUACUUCUCCAUGCUGAUGCACCUUAAUGAAACAUUUGUUAUCAUGGAACAGCUGGCGGACUACUCCAUCAAGCGCCUUUUUGAUAAAGAGGCCUUCCAGAGAGAGCCAGCGCUCUCCGACCCCAUGCAAAUUACCAAGAGAGGCCUCGAAGCACAUGCAAAGAGUGAGCAGUUCCGGACAUUUUUCAGGCUUCCCAAAGAGGAGAACCUGUUAGAGGUGCAUGAGAGCUUCCUGUGGGUGCCCUUCAGCCAUUUUAACACACUUGGCAAGAUCUGUCUGUCUGAGAACUACCUGUGUUUCGCCAGCCAAGAUGGAAGCCAAUGCCAUGUCAUCAUUCCAAUGAGAGAAGUUAUUAAUGUUGAGAAGUCAGACUCCAGCAGCAGGGCCUUAACGGUGUGUGUGCGUGGCAAGAAGGCGCUGCGUUUUGCCGAGGUGCGGGACUAUCAGCGGCUUGCCAACACGAUCCGUAGCAAGUGUGGGAUUAGUGCAAGCCCUCAGCACUCUGCAUCAUCGGACGCCAUACGAGGCGCGUGCCAGUCCCUCAUCAAUCACUUUGAGGACAACCCAGAGGACGUAACACUGAUGGUAGGACAGAAAGACAGCAGCAAGGCUGUAAGCACAGAGGCCCUCAUGACUGUAUUUCACCCCCAGGAUGUUGAAAACCUUGACCCCAAAAUGCUUAAAGAAAAGAUGAAGGAACAGUCUUGGAACAUCCAUUUUUCUGAAUACGGACGUGGCACGAGCAUGUUCUUCACCAGGAAGACACGAGACCUGAUUGUUCGUGGUGUUCCUGAGGCCUUGAGAGGGGAGCUGUGGAUGCUCUUUUCAGGAGCUGUGAACGACAUGGCCACUCAUCCCGGCUAUUACACUGAUCUGGUUGAACAGUCUCUGGGCACAAGCACUUUGGCGACGGAUGAGAUCGAGAGAGACUUACACCGCUCUCUGCCAGAGCACCCUGCCUUUCAGAGUGACACUGGAAUCUCAGCUCUACGCAGAGUCCUCACUGCCUAUGCAUACAGGAACCCUAAAAUUGGCUAUUGCCAGGCCAUGAACAUUCUCACCUCAGUUCUCCUGCUCUACGCGAAAGAAGAGGAGGCUUUCUGGCUCUUAGUGGCCGUCUGCGAGAGGAUGCUGCCGGAUUACUUUAACCGCCGAAUUAUUGGUGCUUUGGUUGACCAGGCGGUGUUCGAGGACCUGAUUCGAGAAAACCUCCCCCAGCUGGUGGACCACAUGACAGACCUGAGUUUCUUCUCAUCCGUGUCCUUGUCGUGGUUCCUCACUCUCUUCAUCAGUGUCCUGCCCAUAGAGAGCGCUGUGAACGUGGUGGACUGUUUUUUCUACGACGGCAUAAAAGCUAUUCUACAGCUCGGCCUGGCAGUGCUGGACUACAACAUGGAGGCUCUGAUCAGCUGCCAGGACGAUGCAGAGGCCGUCACCAUCCUCAACAAAUUCUUUGACAGUGUGACAAACAAAGACAGCCCUCUGCCUCCAACAGUGCAGCAAGCUUCAGUGAGCAAUAACGAUAAAACAUCCCACUUUAAUGUGGACAUCAGUGAACUGAUUAAAGAGGCCUAUGAGAAAUAUGGAAAUAUCCGUUCAGAGGAAGUCGAGAGUUCAAGGAAAAGAAACAAACUGUAUGUGAUCCAGACACUGGAGGAUACAACCAAACAAAAUGUGAUCCGGGUGGUGACCAAUGAAGUCAGAUUCAGUCCCUUACAUUUGGACAAGCUUUAUAACUUGUUCAAAAGGCAACAUUUCCUCUGCUGUUACUGGGCGAUGAAGAGUCCGGCUCUGCUCCAUCAUGACCCCAGCCUGGCCUAUUUGGAGCAGUACCAGUUGGGUUUUCAACAGUUCAGCAUGCUGUUCUCCCUGCUGGAGCCCUGGGCUUUCUGCAACCCCAAGAGCACCCUCUCCCUCUGGAUCUUCCGCCUGAUAGAUGAGAACCAGGACGGCCUCGUCAAUUUUAAAGAGUUCUGCUGUGCCCUUGAUACUUUGUACAGUGGAUCAUUCACAAAUAAGCUGAAAUUCCUCUUCAAGCUGCACCUGCCACCAGCUUUUACAGGUAGUCCUUUGCACGUAAAGGAACAAAGAAUCCAGCACUUUACUCCAGUGCCUGAAGACUCUUCUCACUUGAGUAGACUUGCUGCAUUUGAUCUACCAGAAGAUGGUGUGAUAAGGAAAAGCCCUGAAAGAGGUAGAGGAAAAGUGGACCUGCAGGCAUACCUGAAACAAUGGCAAAACGAAAUUCUUAAAAAAGAGGAAACCAUCAAGGACCUACCCCGAAUUAAUCAGACUCAGUUCAUCCAGUUCUCCAAGACCCUGUACAACAUUUUUCAUGGCGAUCCAGAGGAGGAGUCGCUGUACCAAGCCGUGGCCCACGUAACCAGCCUUCUCCUGAGGAUGGAAGAGGUGGGACGGAGGCUGCAUGAGUCAAGCAGCCCGCCCGAGUCCACAAAACCUGCCAACACUGCUGCUGCGGAGUCUUCAACCCCAGAAGCUUCUACUACCCCAGAGAACUCUGACACCUCCAGCUCCUGCAACCGUCGGGAUGCAGGGCCCGACCUCACAGAGAUGGAUUGGUCCUUUUCGUUUGAGCAGGUCCUGGCUUCUCUGCUAAACGAGCCGACCAUAGUCCGCUUCUUUGAAAGGCCUGUUGACAUUCAGACUAAACUGGGACAAGCUAAGGUUGCCCAGCUGAAACUAAAGGCAAAUAAGUGAAAGGAGACAUUACUGAGUUGAUACUUUGAUUCAAAUUCAAACCCAGAUAUCACCAUGAUUUUCCUUUCUCCACUUGGAUAGGGCAGCAGUUUUUUUUGCAAGGCAGACUUACUGCUAAAGUGGGAUCAUAAAUGAAAAGGAGACAUCAGGUUUUAAAAUCGGGGGUGCAACGUGUGUGUGUGGCUUCGAUGGUCAGGCAGAUGAUGAUCAGCAACGAUGGCUAAUGAAAUAAAUAAGUCACUUUAAGACACAAGCACUGUUGUUACAGUCCAUUGACCAACACCUUCAGUGCAUUUUCAUGUUAGGCCUUGUUGCGUACUGUAAGCUGUCAAAUAUGAUUAUGCAUUAGGGUUUUACAUUCUCUUAUGUAGCCUCAGAUUUUUUGGAUUUUAUGGAAAUUUAGUUUUUUUCCCUUUUAUGCCAUGAAGCACAUACAUUAUAGUUUUUUUGUGCAUGGGACAUACAGUACUGUCCCCUAUAUUUAGAAACAUGACAGAAGUUUUUGUCCUUACGUCUGUCUCAUGCUGAGGUUCACAUCCAUAACAGGAAGAUUCUCCCUCUUAAUAUCUUGAUACGUUUUCUUUUUGCAGAUAACUAGGCACUGCGAUAGUGAAACAAACUGUAAAUGCUAACUUGUCCCGUGAAUAUAGUGUCUCCUGUUCUUAGGCAGCAUUAGUGUUAUUCCGUAAAUGUCAAUUUAUUGUGAGAAAACACCAGCAUUCCAGUUGGAGACAGAAUAGACAGUAGUACAGUGAGUAAGGA